AUGGGCAUAGCGAAACAGAUAAUUAAAAAUGACCAAGUGAGAUUUAUAAACAACAUCUGUAAUUUGAUUGAAACCUUGUUGUCUCUAUGCACAGUCCCAAUAUUUUACAGGUAUAAGUUCCCUCAAUAUGACACCAACUACCACAUUUUAAAAAACAAUUACAUCAGUACGAGCAUUUUGAUCAUUCGAGUCAAUGAAUAUUUAAGGAACCUUAUUGAUUCCAUAUCCGUUGUGUUUUGGAAGGGUCGCAAAUGGAAAGGUACUUACUGGCCAAGCAAAUGGAAAUGGUAUCAUAGACACGGUUAUUGGGCCACGCGUAAGAAGCUCCUAAGCUUUGACAAGUACAGACCUUACAGAUAUCAUGAGGUUAAGGGGUAUGGAAAACCCAAGCUAAAGUUCUGGCAAGAUUACUCCUAUUAUAGACCACUCAAACAAACAACCAAAUUUUGGUGA